UGCCGGGGGCGGGGCCAGACGGGACAGGCGCUCUGACCUCUCUGCUGCGCGCCGGAAGCAGCCUAGGCUGCUGCGCAGAGGCGCGGCGGCUGGACGGCUGGGCCGUUGUCACCAUGCCGGUCGUCCGGAAGAUUUUCCGUCGCCGCCGGGGCGACUCGGAGUCAGAGGAAGAUGAGCAGGACUCAGAGGAGGUUCGAUUAAAACUGGAAGAGACCAGAGAGGUACAGAACUUGAGGAAGAGGCCCAACGGGGUGAGUGCUGUGGCCUUGCUGGUGGGAGAGAAGGUACAAGAGGAGACCACUCUAGUGGAUGAUCCCUUUCAGAUGAAGACAGGGGGUAUGGUGGAUAUGAAGAAACUGAAGGAAAGGGGCAAAGAUAAGAUCAGUGAGGAGGAGGACCUGCACCUGGGGACAUCGUUUUCUGCAGAAACCAAUCGAAGGGAUGAGGAUGCAGACAUGAUGAAGUACAUUGAGACAGAGCUAAAGAAGAGGAAAGGGAUCGUGGAACAUGAGGAACAGAAAGUUAAGCCAAAGAAUGCAGAGGACUGUCUUUAUGAACUUCCAGAAAACAUCCGUGUUUCCUCAGCAAAGAAGACCGAGGAGAUGCUUUCCAACCAGAUGCUGAGUGGCAUUCCUGAGGUGGACCUGGGCAUCGAUGCUAAAAUAAAAAAUAUCAUUUCCACGGAGGAUGCCAAGGCCCGUCUGCUGGCAGAGCAGCAGAACAAGAAGAAAGACAGCGAGACCUCCUUUGUGCCUACCAACAUGGCUGUGAAUUACGUACAGCACAACAGAUUUUAUCAUGAGGAGCUCAACGCGCCCAUACGGAGAAACAAAGAAGAGCCCAAGGCCCGGCCCUUGAGAGUAGGCGACACAGAGAAGCCAGAGCCUGAGCGUGAGUGCAACAAAGGCCUUGGGGCUGCCUGGAGUGCUCAGCAAUGCGGGAACCCAUGGAGGCAGGAUGCAGCGGGGGACAGGGUGGAGCUUGGCAUUGGAGCCGGGGCAUCUGGGUUCCAGUCCAUGUUCUGGACCAUGACUGUGUGCCUUCCCCUUUCUAAGCCUCAGUUUCCUCAUUGGAAUCCUAAUAGAAACUACCUGUUAGGAUUGCUCUGAGAAUUCAUACUCUCAUAUUCUCAAGCACAGUAGAGACUCAAGAAGUUAGAAAAUUUCAGUAAGGACAAAUAAAAGCUACUCAUAAGGUUAGCUGGGUGCAGUGCCUCACACUUGUAGUCUCAGCUGCUGGGGAAGCUGGGGCAGGAGGAUUGCUUGAGACAAAAGAGUUCAGGGCUGCAGUGAGCUAUGAUUGGACCACUGCACUCUAGCCUGCGUGACAGAGUGAGACCACAUCUUUUUUUUGAAGAAAAGAAAAAGGUAUUGGCCAUGCUCGGUGGCCCAUGCCUGUAAUCCCAGCACUUUGGGAGGCUGAGGCAGGCAGAUCACCUAAGGUCAGGAGUUCAAGACCAGCCUGGCCAACAUGGUGAACCCCGUCUCUACUAAAAAUACAAAAAUUAGCCAGGCGAGGUGGCAGGUGCCUGUAAUCCCAGCUACUCAGGAGGCUGAGGCAGGAGAAUCGCUUGAACCCGGGAGGUGGAGGUUGCAGUGAGCUGAGAUCAUGCCAUUACACUCUAGCCUGGGCAACAGGGUGAGACUCUGUCUCAAAAAAAAGAAAAGAAAAAAAAGACAAAUAGGUAUCUACUGAGGCCCUACUAUGUUCACUGGGUUAGGCGCUGGGGCUCCUGUGGGGAAGGAAACAGGCAGUUGUCUUUGCCUGCAUGGAGUAAAGUCUAGCAGUGGGUUCCAGCAUGGCAAACCACCUUUCCUGUUCUUUUCCUUCUAAGGGUCCCCUCCUAACCGCAAGCGUCCUGCUAACGAGAAGGCAACUGAUGACUAUCAUUA